AUGGUUCUUCGACCUGCACCUCGAUAUAUACUAUUCACUAUCGUUUUGGUAGUUUGUGUUCUGGUUUCUUGCCAUUCAUUCGGGAGGCACUACUCUCCCGGUCCUCUGAGUACCCCUUCGUCCGUGGGGCGACCUGCUCAUGUACAUCCGGUCGAACUCGUACAUGAUCAUGAGUACCGCGACACAUGCACCUUCACUGAUUCGGAAGAGGACUUCCUGAUCGUUGUCAAGACCGGGGCCAAUGAGAUUCACGAUAAACUUCCCACCCAACUUUUGACCGGGCUCCGCUGCUAUCACGACAUUCUUAUCUUCUCCGAUCUCGAAGAGAAUAUCGGCCCAUUUAACGUCCACGACGCGCUGAAAAACGUUUCCAGCGCGAUCCAAGCUCGGAGCCCCGAAUUCGAGUAUUAUCGUCAAUUGAGAGACUACCGGGAAAAUAAUCUGGACAUUAGUAGCCUGAGGGGGAAGAGCCACUCGGCGGCUUGGAAGUUGGACAAGUUUAAGUUCAUUCCGAUGUUGGAAGAAACAUGGAAGAUGCGACCUCAUCGAAAGUGGUACAUCUUCAUCGAGGCCGAUACUUACCUGGUCCGCACGAACCUGUUGCUUUGGUUAGCGCGGCAGGAUCCAUCACAACUGAUCUAUUUCGGCUCUCCGACUUAUUUUCAUGGCGAAGAGUUUGCACAUGGAGGCAGCGGCGUGGUCCUCUCUGGAGCCGCCCUGUCCAGAUUUGUAGAGGGCGACGGUGGAAGCACCGCCCGAUAUGAUGAUUUGCUGCAGUCCGAGACAUUCGGGGAUUAUAUCCUCAUGAAGGCUCUCCGGGUCAACGGUGUCACCCUCAGCAGCCGUUGGCCCAUGCUCCAAGGAGAGAAGCCCUCGACGAUACCCUUUGGACCCGGACCUGACAACGGCGUGAGGCACUGGUGUCAGCCGAUCCUCACCAUGCACCACAUCACUCCAGAGGAAGCGUGUGCCUUUUGGGAUUUUGAACAGAAACGAAAUUCUCCCAGUGUUCGUCACCACCUCCCCGAGUCCACGUGGGCCGUGUAA